AGAGAGAGAGAAAUAAAAACAAAAAGGCAUGGGGGAAAAUGCUUGGAAAUUGGAAUCACGUUUUGUGAAAAGUGUAUACGCAAGAAAGGUAUGGCUACGUUUUUAGGGCAGUGAAGUGGAGACAAACACCGCCAGCUGCGAGGACCACACCGGUAACAGGUUCUUUAAGGCUAAAUCUAUUUUUGUGGUUUGCUGAUACGUUGUGUUGUUAUGCAAUAUGGAAUCUCGAUUAGUUGAUGGAAAUGGUGGGAUGGAUGUUUCUGGGGAUGUGGGUUUGAGUACAUAUGAAGUUCAGAUACAUCAAGAAACAUAUGAAGUGGAUCCAAAUGAGGGGUGUAGAGUACUAGAGAGUUCUUCUGGGGGAGAGUUGGGUAUCUGUGGUGAUCAUGCUACUCAGGAGCCAUAUGAAGGCAUGGAAUUUGAAUCUGAGGAUGCUGCUAAGAUAUUCUAUGAUGAAUAUGCCCGACAUUUAGGAUUUGUCAUGCGUGUGAUGUCUUGUCGACGCUCAGAAAGGGAUGGUAGGAUUCUUGCCCGCAGGCUUGGAUGUAAUAAAGAGGGUUAUUGUGUCAGUAUCCGAGGGAAAUUUACAUCAGUUCGUAAACCUAGGGCCAGCACAAGGGAAGGUUGUAAGGCAAUGAUUCAUAUCAAAUAUGAUAAGUCUGGAAAAUGGGUGAUAACAAAAUUUGUGAAGGAGCAUAAUCAUCCACUAGUAAUCUCUCCACGUGAAGCACGUCAAACAAUGGAUGAGAAGGAUAAGAAAAUACAGGAAUUAACAGCAGAGCUUCGACUUAAAAAGCGGUUGUGUGCAACAUAUCAAGAACAGUUAACUUCUUUUAUGAAAAUCGUUGAAGAGCACAGUGAGAAGCUGUCUGUGAAAAUUCACCACGUAGUUAAUAAUCUUAAAGAAUUUGAAUCCAUAGAAGAGGUCUUGCACCAGACGUAGCCGUGCAUAAUCUCUAAUUUAGUGCAUACUUUGGUAACGCUAGCCUUUCCUUUUUAUGGUGAACUGGUAAGGUUUGCCUUGCCACAAAGAGAAGGCCACCAUAUAUGUAAACUGUGAAGUUUUAUAGCUUGUCAGAGUGCUUUAACAGCUAAAAGAGGUUUUGUGACAUUUUGCCACCGACACAGAAACUAGUUUCAUCCCUUUAAGUCUCAGGGUAUGAGGUAAUCUUGUAUCAUUUUUGUACCCCCCCCAAUCUUACAAAAGAAAAUGUAAACAAUAAUAUUGUCACUUGCUUAGUCAUAAAAUAUUAUUGUUUUUAGGACAAAUGUGCUGGAAUGCUAUAUCACAUGAGAAUAUACUGUCAUGUAAUCCAUUGUAACCCACUUUCCUUUGUAAAUACUUGUCAAUAUUUUGGGAUUUUAAAAAAAAAAAUAAACUUAUGUAGUUUAUUGUUUCACAAAACUGGAUGGUGGCAUUGAUUUGA